AGCAGAAGGCCUUUUGUACAGUACUGUGCGGUUUGUUUUGAGUUGGACAAGGAACAUUAAAAAUUAAACGGUCUGUUUUUAAUUUUUUUAUAUUUUAUUUAAGCAAGACCUAUUGAAAAGCCUAUUCGUCAUGGAAAUGCACGCAUUGCGCAAUGUAAACAACCCUAUGUUUAUCGGUGGCAAAGGCGGUCCUGGAAACGGUGCAGCAAGGAGAGCCGUGUUUGGCGAACUUUCCAACUUUUCCCACAAACCAGUUAAGAAGGUUCAAGCUUUGCAAUCCGCUAAACCGACUGUCCAGCCAGCUGUUAUGCAACCCAAACGUGCCCAGGUGCAGCAUGAUGUCCCCCCGCCUGCCCCAGCGUUGACCCCCUCUGCUCAAGCUGACGUCAGCAUGAAGGAAGAGGAACUGUGUCAAGCCUUUUCCAGCACCCUCUUUCCAGUCGAAGACAUCGAUGAGGGGGAUGCUGACAUGCCUCAGCUGUGUCCUGAAUAUGUGAAGGACAUCUAUGCGUAUCUACAAAGCCUUGAGGUUCAGCAGUCGGUUCGUCCCCGUUAUAUGCGUGGUUAUGAUAUCAAUGGACGAAUGCGUGCUCUCCUGGUUGACUGGCUGAUUCAGGUGCACUCAAGAUUUCAGCUCCUGCAGGAAACCUUAUACAUGACUGUGGCCAUCCUUGAUCGCUUUCUCCAGGUUCAGCCUGUGACCCGAAAGAAGCUCCAGCUAGUGGGAGUUACUGCAAUGCUGGUUGCUUGUAAAUAUGAGGAAAUGUAUGUGCCGCUGGUUGGGGACUUUGCCUACAUCGCUGACGAUGCCUUCUCAAAAGCCCAGAUCAGAGAGAUGGAGAUGUUGAUUCUCAGCGAGCUGAACUUUGAACUUGGACGUCCUCUGCCCUUGCACUUUUUGCGGAGAGCUUCAAAGGCUGGCAAUGCGGAUGCUGAGAAGCAUACACUGGCAAAAUAUUUCCUUGAACUGACGCUACUUGACUAUGACAUGGUCCACUAUAAGCCUUCUGAGACUGCAGCUGCUGCUCUGUGCCUCUCUCAACUUGUGCUUGAUGGCCAAAAAUGGUCACCAACCCAACAACACUACUCCACCUAUGCUGAGGCCCACCUGAAGCCUAUCAUGCAACAGAUUGCCAAAAAUGUGGUUACAGUCAAUGAAGGACUCUCAAAGCAUGUGACCGUGAAAAAGAAAUACUCCAGCAGUAGGCUCAUGAAGAUCAGCCUCCUUCCUCAGUUGAAGUCGUCACUUGUGAAGGAUCUGGCUGCUCCUCUGCUGUCCAGCUCCUGAGGAUUUUUAUGUGGGAAUGAACACUUGCACUUUAUUUGUGUCAGCCAUUUUGAGAGAUGGACUGCUGCUUUUUAAACUGAUGUACAUAUUUUUGGAUUGCUUGUAUUAAUAAAUGUUUCUACUUUUUAAUUUUUUUUAUUUUAA